GCACGGGGGUCUGGAGUUCAGCUGCUUGGCGGAGCAUCCGUGUGCUCGGCCGAUUGUGUACACUGGGUUUGCCUGAGUGUGCCUAGCCCAGACAGUCUAUUGCCAGAAAGGGUGAGGCGUGCCGAGCGCAUUCCCUGUGCAAAGGGAACCCGGCGCGGCAGGUGGGUGUGGGUCCUCUGUCUUUGGCUCACGGAACUGUCUCCUCCGCUGCGAGGCGCGGGGGGCUGGGGCCCUCUGCUGGCGGCCGCGCGCGCGCACGCCGGGCUCAGGACGCGCCGUGAACGCGCCCGUGCGCGCGCCCUGGUGGCUCCAGCCCCUCGUUCCGAGCCGCCUUCGCUGCCACAGUCAGCUCCCCGGGGCAACCUUCACCUGCCCCGGCCUGGGGCUCUGUCCGAGGGCCCCGCGCCACUCUCCCGGAGCCAGGAGGACGAGCUGGAGGAGGAUGCCUGGGCCCGUCCUGCGCGGUCCCGGGUGAGGCCCGCCCGCGCGCCCGCCGGCGCCAUGGAAAAGAGCGGGCACCGUUGCUGUUGCUGUCCCCCGCCGGUGCGCGCACGACUUGAGCCCCGCAGCGGGCAGCCCCCGGCCGCAGGUCCCCAAGUGAUGUUGGCGGUGCCUGGGAGCGUGGCGCGGGCCUGGGGCCACGUGGAGGAGCCCAGUGUCCAGUGAAGCAGCCGAGGACCCGCCGCCCGCGCCGCCGCCAUGGUUAUGUCCCAGGGUACCUACACGUUCCUAACGUGCUUCGCUGGUUUCUGGCUCAUCUGGGGGCUCAUCGUCUUACUGUGCUGCUUCUGCAGCUUCCUGCGCCGCCGCCUCAAACGGCGCCAGGAGGAGCGACUCCGUGAGCAGAAUCUACGCGCCCUGGAGCUGGAGCCCCUCGAGCUCGAGGGCAGCCUGGCUGGAAGCCCCCCAGGCCUCGCGCCGCCGCCACCACCUCACCGCGGCCGCCUUGAAGCGCCAGCGCACGCGCACCAGCAUGUGCACGUGCACCCGAUGCUGCAUCACGGGCCCGCGCAGCCACACCCGCAUCCCCACGCACACCAUCACGCGCUGCCGCACCCGCCGCCGCCGCACCUCUCCGUGCCGCCGCGUCCCUGGAGCUACCCGCGCCAAGCGGAAUCGGACAUGUCCAAGCCACCCUGCUACGAAGAGGCAGUGCUGAUGGCUGAGCCGCCACCGCCCUACAGCGAGGUGCUCACGGACACGCGCGGCCUCUAUCGCAAGAUCGUCACGCCCUUUCUGAGCCGCCGCGACAGCGCGGAGAAACAGGAGCAGCCGCCGCCCAGCUAUAAGCCGCUCUACCUGGACCGAGGCUACACGUCGGCGCUGCACCUGCCCAGCGCCCCGCGGCCCGCAGCGCCCUGCCCUGCACUCUGCCUGCAGGCGGACCGCGGCCGCCGGGUCUUCCCCAGCUGGACCGACUCGGAGCUCAGCAGCCGCGAGCCGCUGGAACACGGGGCUUGGCGCCUGCCGGUCUCCAUCCCCUUGUUCGGGAGGACUACAGCCGUAUAGAGGGGCACCCGGCGACUCGGGCCCCACUAGCGGACUCCUGGCCUGACUGCGGGGCCUUUUAAAUGCUUCCCUUGGACUGCGGGGGGGUGGAGGGUGGGAGGGAUUUCUUACCCCGUUUGUUACACUUUGAGGAUAAUAAAGGUGUGUGAUUCGGUUUGGUAACAA